AUGGGGGUUAAAGCACCUCAAGCCACUGGAGCCAGUGGUUCUCGUUAUCGUAGCACCCAUGCAUCAUGCCAUGCUCUGUCGCCCCAAGCGCCAAUCCCCAACAACCACCCCACAACCAGGGAUUGGUGGCAGACAAAACAGGUAAUAAUCUCCCUUCGAGGAAUUUCGACCAUUUUCGAUGCUGACGUCCUAUUCGCAAAUUCCAAUCCCGCCUGCAACAUGGAACCGACAGAAUGGUCCGGGACGGGGACAUUUUUUGUCAGCUACCGUAGGAAUUGGGGCUGGUCCGCCCGUUUCUCAAACAAGCACCCUGUGCCACGCACCUGCGGCGAGAAAAUGGUGAGAGAAGCAGUCCCAACCCAUGGAGUCCCAGCCCAUGGAGACCCAGCGAAGGAGCUAGGAGGAGGGAACCAGUCCACAUUCGGUCUGGUUGCUGGCUGGCGACAGAACACUAGUCGUGUGAAGGAUACCAAAAAUACGGAUGGAGACAGAGAAUUGGGUCGUAUUCUCCUGUCCCGAUCCUCGUCUAUGGCCACUCUCCAUUCGCCGAAUCAAGGGGCACGGAGUGAUCCUUGCGGACCCAGUCCCAGUCGACGCAGUCGAGCAUUGUCCAAGCAGCUGGGGUGUGAUCUACAAGCUGUUUCUUCGCUUCAGGUAAUUGGUCUGAAAUCUAAUUUGAACCUUGGAAACCUCACGAUCCGAUCCUCCCGUCCGUCUCCGGAAGCGGUGCAAAAAUGGCCCGUCUGCGCAGCGCUUCUUUGGGUCGUUAUGCCCCACAAGACCAAGGUCUUAAUGUGCCUGGAAGUGACCUCGACCUUGACUUUUGACGCAGUACAGAUCCGUAUGGUGACACAGGAUGGUCAACUCAACAGGCUUGCCCCUCUUCCAAGAGUUGAAACGGCAGUCGGAUGUUUCGUGACUAGGCAAAGACAAAACGACGGAUGUGACAGGCGGGGAUGA